GGUGCCGCUACUGUUGUUGGGCGGUUUGUGGAGUGCUGUGGGAGCGUCCAAUCUGGCUGUCGUUACAUGCGGCUCUGUAGUGAAGCUACUCAAUACGCGCCACAACGUGCGACUGCACUCACACGACGUGCGAUAUGGGUCAGAUGAGGAAACAAACUCAAAUAGAUCACAUGCUCAGAGCCUUGCAGCUAGUGAAUGACAGAGACGGGGUUCGAACCAAAUCUGUCCAGUUUCAAAGCCUGCUUUCAGCUACUCCAGGCUGGCACUACUCAGUGCGGGAGAGACAGACAUGUAGAAAAUUACAGUAGUGGGCAGCAGUCAGUGACAGGUGUAACCUCUGUGGAUGACAGCAAUAGUUACUGGAGGAUACGGGGGAAGACCGCUACAGUGUGUGAGAGGGGAACUCCCAUCAGAUGUGGCCAACCCAUCCGGCUGACACAUGUCAACACUGGCCGAAAUCUCCAUAGUCACCACUUCACGUCACCUCUUUCUGGGAACCAGGAAGUGAGCGCUUUUGGUGAGGAGGGUGAAGGCGAUUAUCUGGAUGACUGGACAGUGCUCUGUAAUGGGCCCUACUGGGUGAGGGAUGGUGAGGUGCGGUUCAAGCAUUCUUCCACUGAAGUUCUGCUGUCUGUCACCGGAGAACAAUACGGUCGACCCAUUAGUGGGCAAAAAGAGGUACAUGGCAUGGCCCAGCCUAGCCAGAACAACUACUGGAAAACCAUGGAAGGCAUCUUCAUGAAGCCCACUGAGUUGUUAAAGACAGAAGCUCAUCACGCAGAGCUAUGAGUCUGGAAGCUGUGAGCCAGUGCCACCGCACAGUGUUCAUGACAUUUGCUGCUGCUGCUGCUCCACCUUGGGAUCCCUGCCACAGGUUCCCCGGGCAGUGGCCUUGUCACCACUGAGAUGAAGAUGCAUGACAGAAUACAGUGGCUGUGGCUGGAAGCUUCAGCCCUUCACACUUGAAUUGGUUGUUCUCCCAGACUUUGGGUCAGUUCUUUUUGAGUACAGGACUUGCUGGUGAAGGAGCACAUACUUUUUGUUCGUAUCGAUAAAACAGAAACUGAGGGAGAUACCUCUCUUAGUUGGGAAAUUUUUACUCCUCAGAAGCUUGGCAUCAUGGAUUAUUGAUGUGUGACUUUUCUCCUACUUUCUCCAGAAUGAUAAAGAAUUUCAUUAUUAGUCAUCAUGUUGUCAUUUAUUAGGUGUGCUAUUUCAUAAUCUGAUUGAUCCUUGAGUCUUACGAGAGUCACCGCUACUACUCUUGAGAUGCUGGAAACCUUUGGUGUGGGCCCUUUUAAGAGCCUUAUUUGCAUCCAAACUUUUUCUCUGUUUCCACUUUCCGAGCACUUCAGUUUUACUAGAUUUUUGACUAAUUAUGGCUAGAGACCCUCAAGGAAUACAGCUUAAUAAAUAGCCAAUAAAAUGUUUUACUCUGAA